AUGCCUAAAAAAUUAUCGUACUUCAAUUUGAACGGUCUAGCCGAACCCAUAAGGUACAUUCUUCAUUACACCAACCAAGAGUUUGAGGAUGUUAGAUACGAUGUGUACAGUUGGCCAGACCCCAAAAUUAAAGCAAGUCUUCCCUAUGGCCAGUUCCCAGUUUACGAAGAAGAUGGCCGUGUUCUUACCAAAGCCUGGCCAUCACCAAAUGUCGUGCCUACGCUCUCCUGGGGUGACUUCGUAUUCUGUGGGGUGAUUGAAGCCAGCGACAUGUUUCUGGGCAUCGAAUUAAGCAAGGAUUAUCCAGCUGUUGGUACUUUGGUGCAACACAUCAGGAAUUUACCAGGAGUGAAGGAGUAUGUCAAGUCUAUAGGGCCCUACACCAUUGACCUCGCUAGAUUUAAGUACAAGAAAUGA